GGAUGGAGUACAGAGAUGCGAUCUCAGCUCACUGCAACCUCUGCUGCCAGGUUCAAGCAAUGCUCCUGCCUCAGCCUCCAGAGUAGCUGGGAUUACAGGUGCCUGCCACUGUGCCCAGCUAUUUUUUGUAUUUUCAGUAGAGACGGGGUUUCACCAUCUUGGCCAGGCUGGUCUUGAACUUCUGACCUCGUGAUCCACCCACCUCAACCUCCCAAAGUGCUGGGAUUAUAGGCAUGAGCCACCAUGCCCAGCCCUCUCUCUGUUUUUAAAAUCCAUGCUCUCUCUGCCAUCAUAAAAUUCUAUCUAUAAAAUGUUGAUUCAUUGCCAAGGCAAAGCUUGAUGUUGAUAUCAAGCAGGAUGUUAUAGAAAUAAGUCAUUGGAUCAACUUGACUCUUUCUUACUUUCAGACCUUGUCGCAGAACUUUAUUAAACUUAUCAAAAAUUAAAAAUAAAGGUAGUCUUACCUGAAGACUGAAAUGAUUUUAGAAAGACUUUAGUAACAUAGGAUUGACUACUGUGUAUCACUAAUAGUGUCAGAGAAUCUAACUUAGAAUGGAAACUUUUGAAUAUAUAAUCUUUCUGUGUGUUUUUUCUUUUUAAGACGAUUCACCUGGUCACUUCUAUCACUGGGUGAAGCUGAUUUUUUACAAGCUAGAACAUUAGCUGCCUUCCUGCCUACCUUUAUGUUAGUAAUAUCUUUACAUUUAAUUUUGCACAAGUUGAAAGACAUUGGUUGGUUCAUGGGGCCAUAAACAUCUCAACAUUUGUCCUUCACAAGAUAAUUAUUUCAUUAAAAGUAAAUUACAAUGUAUUCAGUAGCUCUCUAGAUGAAAAUAAUAAUUAGAUGGUAAAUGGAUGCUCUAAGAUUUGUGGAGAACAAAUUACCAUGGUAUUUUAAUGGAGAGAGUUUUCUGAGCUAAUUUUUAUGCAUGUAAUAUCUCCCAGGCUAACAUAAGAAUGGAUGAAAAUUUCUACCAUUAAUGAGCUCAAUUCUUUUUAAUGAGACUUUGUUUUUACUUAAAAAAAAAAAGUAACCUAAGAUAGGUGAAGUCAAAUUGUUAUUUCAGGGAAGUUGUGUUUCAAAUGAGCACUGUAAAUGAUUUUGCUGAGCAGAUGGGGUUUUUUUGUUUGUUUUUUGUUUUUUGAGAUGGAGUCUCACUCUGUUGCCCAGGCUGGAGAGCAGUGGUGCAAUCAAUCUCAGCUCACUGCAACCACCGCCUCCCGUUUUCAAGUGGUUCUCCUGCCUCAGCCUCUUGAGUAGCUGGGAUUAUAGGUGCACACCACCCAGCCCGACUAAUUUUUGUAAUUUUAGUAAAGAUGGGGUUUCAUCAUCUUGGCCAGGCUGGUCUUGAACUCCUGACCUCAAGUGAUCUACCCACCUCAGCCUCCCAAAGUGCUGGGAUUCUAGGCAUGAGCCACGCGCCUGGCCAAGCAGAUGGUUUUUAAACUGGAGUCCAAGAACAAACUUUAGAAUGUUGGAAUAUUUCCCCAAAACUGUAUGGAAAAUGUUAGGGUUCUUUUUUUUUUUGAAAGCUCAUUUAGUAAAGGAGAGCAUCCACUGUUGUCAUCACUUUUCUUAAAGGGGCUGUGACUCCCAAAAAGUGAAGAACAAAUGCAUCUGAGGAAAAGUCACGUUCUGAUUAGUUACAUGUUACUUAACAACAGGGGUACCUUCUGAUAAAUGUGUCCUUGGGUGAUUUCAUCGUUCUGCAACCACCAGAGAGUGCAUUUCCACAAACCUAGAUGGUACAGCCCACUACACACUGGGGUCGAUGGUGUAGCCAUCGUAAUCUUAAGGGACCACCAGAGCAUAGGCGGUCCAUCAUUGACCAAAAUGCCACUAUAUGCAAAUAGCUGUGUUUCUACAGAAAUGAAGAUGUUAGACAUGCCUGGACAGCUUCAGAUAACACCCAGCUGAACCUUACAGCUCUUAAUGGAGCAAGUGUCCUUGGGUGUAGAAAAACACAAGUGAGAUAGUUCUCUCCUGCAUUUCUUUUCUACUAAAAUUUGAUUGAUUUUUCAGAAGUGCAACAAGACUUACCUGAUUCUUAUUUCGAGGCAGUGAUGUAUGAUUCAAUCCACAGAAUACAAAGGCAGGGAUGGGCAGGGCAUAGUGGUGCGUGCCUGUAAUCCCAACACUUUGGGAGGCUGAGGUGGGUGGAUCACUUGAGGCCAAGAGUUUGAGACUAGCCUGGGCAAUAUAGUGAGGUCCCAUUCUCCCACUGAAACGAGGUGAGGACAACCCAUCGGGCCUGAUUCAGUACUGGCCGGUAGAACUGGACAGUCUGUUGAUGGAUUUGUUUUCAAACUGGUACUGUUCUGUUGAGUAGCCCCUAGCCACUAGUAGCAAGUACCACUGAGGCAUUAAACUUUAACCUUGACUUCAUUUUAAUUAGUCCAGAUUGCAGUGCCCCUUGUGUUGGACAGCACAGGACAGAGGAAGUGGAUUUGCACUUGGUAUCUGCCUCUAGGAACUGAAGAACUGCCAUGCAUUGCCUAUUGGCCUAUCCGUGUAAUUUGUCAUACUUGGAUGGCAGAGGAAAAAUCUAAAAUACUGUGUUUUUCAAAAGAAAUGGAAGCUUAUUGUAUUAGGGGAAAAUUUUCUGGGGAUUCCUUAUUUCUUUCACAUAUACAAACACCCAGUGCAAUCAUGCACACGCGCACACGUGCACGCACACACACAUGCACACACGCACACUGGAUACAGUUGUAGGUUCUUUGUGUCCCGAAAACAUAAAAUGUUCAUUUCCGCAUUUUGAAUUGAAUUGUGGAUUUGAAUAGCCAUGCUCUGCAGACUCAGCAUCGCUAAUAAAACUCCAGUUGAAUGCUUCAAGCUCCCUUCGCAAGGCAGCUCUCACUGCCGUGGAGAAGCAAGGGAGCGGUUUGCGUGAAGGUGCUUUGAAUUCCAGGACAGAGUGGUUCGGCGACUAGUGGGGCUGUAGUCUCUGUUGACCGCGUGCCCUUUGGCUGCUUGGUUGUUCUUUCCUAAGUUUGCAUUUUGGUUUAAGGUCAUGGGGUUCUGUGAGCAAUUUGUUUAAAUAGUGUUUUGUUUGUUUUUGCUUUCGACAAGUUAAAAUGUACGCAUAGAAACUAAAGUCCUCUGGGAACCAAGUCUGUGAUGUGCACGACUAGACCUUUCUGUGAUGACGGCUUGUGUGAGAUCUUGUGAUUACCCAGUGACCCAUGCCAAAGGCUCAUCAUUAAUUCAUUCCUUCCGAUGAUUUUGGAGUACCUGCUGUGGCUACUAAGGAUAUUAUGUAUUUUCCUCCCAAAUGUCUGCAACUUGCAAACCUCUGACGGUUUAGAAUGUGUGUGGAGUUGGUAGUAGGAUCAUAAGAAGAGACGCUGUGCUUGUCACAUGUACAAAGCCACUUAGAUUCUGAGGGAGUUUUCUCACCUGAAAAACGAGAGAUUGACCUUCAGUGUUUCUAAGGUUCUUUGCUGCUCCCAAGCCUCUGAUGUUAGUGUGUAUAUAUGUGUAUGUGUGCUUGUGUGUGUGUGUUUCUGUAUGUGUGUUUGUGUGUGUGCAUGCAUGUGUGUAUUUAUCUUUUCCUCAUAAAUAUUUAUUAACAUGAACCCAUAACAGAAGAGGAUGAGAACUCUUGGGCUAUGUAGGAAAUGCGGGGCCAGAGGGUGUAUUAGGUUCAAGAAGGGGCCAGAUUGGCUGAUGGGGCCAGACCCCAGGGUUAUGGACCUCCUUCGACCAUGGACCCACAGCCCAGGUGGUUUUGUGAGGUCACUUGGAAACCUGGUGAACCUGGAAUCUGAUUUUUAAACAUGAUUGUACUUUGUUAUUUCUUGUUAGAGGGACCUGGUCGUCUUUUCUGCUCUCUUUGCUUAUUUUCUCAUGACACUAAUGGUUCCCUCUGCACUGUGAGCUCGGCCCUCAGUGGGGUAGCCCCUGUUUCCCAAGCACGUGGGCCCUCCCCACUCUGCCUCCACAUCCGUGUUCUCCUCCAUCUGCUCUGGAAUGCCCUCCCUGCCAACCCACCAAGCUUUCCAGCCUCAGGGAACUUGCCACUUUGGUUGGGAAAUUCCCCUUGGGAUUAAGCGUUCCUGCCUUCAACCUCCCGCAGCACUUUCCUAGCUCAGAGCAGCCCCUCAGAACAUGCGAGAGUCCUUGGGUUCAGAAUAACACAGGCAAGUGAGAUAGUUCUCUGCUGCAUUUCUUUUCAGUUAAAAGCGAGUGGUUUUUCAGAAGUGCAACAAGACAACUGAUUCUUAUAUCCAGGUAGUGAUGUAUUACUAAAUACACAGAAAACAAAGGCAGGAAUGGGAGGGGCAUAGUGGUACAUGCCUGGAAUCCCAGCACUUUGGGAGGCAGAGGAAGGAGGAUUGCUUGAGGCCAAGAGUUCAAGACCAGCCAGGGCAAUAUAGUGAGACCCCCCAUCUCUAAAAAAAAAUUUUUUUUAAGAAUAAACAAUCAAAUUUAAAAAAUUUAUUGGCCCUCACACCUGUAAUCCCAGCACUUUGGCAGAUCACAAGGUCAGGAGUUGGAGACCAGCCUGACCAACACGGUGAAACCCCAUUUCUACUGAAAAUACAAAAGAAAAAUUAGCCGGGCAUGGUGGCACGUGCCUGUAAUCCCAGCUACCCAGGAGGCUGAGGCAGGAGAAUUGCUUGAACCCAGGAGGGAGAGGCAGUGAGCCAAGAUCAUACCAUUGCACUCCAGCCUGGGUGAAAGAGUGAGACUCCAUCUCAAAAAAAAAAAAAAAAAAAAAAAAAUUUAUUUAAAAAGGCAAGGAUAGGCUGAGAGCUAUGGCUCAGGCCUGUAAUCCCAAAACUUUGGGAGGCCAAGGCGGGUGGAUCAAGAGGUCAGAAAUUCGAGACCAGCCUGGCCAACAUGGUGAAACUUUAUCUCUACUAAAAAUACAAAAAAUAGCUUGGUGUGUUGGCAGACUUCUGUAAUCCCAACUACUCAGGAGGCUAAGGCAGGAGAAUCGUUUGAACCCGGGAGGCGGAGAUUGCAGUGAGCCGAGAUUCCGCCAUUGCGCUCCAUCCAGCCUGGACGACAGGACAAGACUCCGUCUCAAAAAAAUUUAAAAAAAGAGGCAGGGCUAAUACCUUACUUCCCCUGCUUAACCCUAGCUUCAAGAGUAGAUGAAUACACAAGUUGAAUUGGAUUAGGUGACUAUAUAUCAAAAACAAUUCAGCUCAGCUGUUGCGCUGAAUGAACGUUUUUAAAAUAACCAGCACAGUUGACUAUCCGAGUUGCCACCUGACCUUAUUUGGUUUGUCAGAGGGUGGGUGAAUAUUUAGGGACACUAUAAGGGGAGUCCUCUCCUUUCUCUCCCACCUCUCUCCUGUUACUCUCUCUCCCCCUUUCCCUUCCUCUCUUUUCCUUUCUUCUCCUUCUUUUCUUUUCCUUCCUCUUCUUUCUCUUUUCUUGUCCUCUUUCCUUUUCAUCUCUUCCUAUAUUCUCUUUUUCUCUUAUUCUCUUUCUGUCUCUUCUCUUUUAUCUUCAAGACUUCACAACAUGGCCACGGAUAUCUAUUUUAACAAGAAAAACUUAAGCAUCGUUGGAUUCCCACGUCAAAGAAAAGUUUCAAGCUUUCAGAAAGAGUUGUCAUUUGAAGAUCAAGAACAGCUCCCUAACCACAAAAGAGGAAUCGAUGCUAAGCUUUCAGCUACACUUCCGAAAGUUGCAGAAUUAAGACAAAUCUUUGAACCAAAGAAAAAAGAAUUCUUAGAAAUGAAAAGAAAAGAAAGAAUUGCCAGGCGCCUGGAAGGAAUUGAAAAUGACACCCAGCCCAUCCUCUUGCAGAGCUGCACAGGGUUAGUGACUCACCGCCUGCUGGAGGAAGACACCCCUCGAUACAUGCGAGCCAGCGACCCUGCCAGCCCCCACACUGGCCGAUCAAAUGAAGAGGAGGAAACUUCUGAUUCUCCUCUAGAAAAGCAAACUCGAUCUAAAUACUGCACAGAAACCUCUGGCGUCCACAGUGAAUCACCCUAUGGUUCCGGUACCAUGGACACCCACAGUCUGGAGUCCAAAGCGGAAAGAAUCGCAAGGUACAAGGCAGAAAGAAGACGACAGCUGGCAGAGAAAUAUGGGCUGACUCUGGAUCCCGAGGCCGACUCCGAGUAUUUAUCCCGCUAUCCCAAGUCCAGGAAGGAGUCUGAUGCUGUCGAGAAGCGGGGAGGAAAAGGUGACAAACAGGAGGAGUCAAGCCGGGAUUUGAGUUCUCCAUACUCCGGGACAGAGACAAGGGGGCUCAGGACCUGUGCAGGUGAAUCCAAGGACUAUGCCCUCCACGGGGGUGACAGUGCUUCCAACCAGGAGGUGCUGCUGAACAUAGAAAACCAAAGACAAGAUCAAGAGCUGAGUGCCACCCGGCAGGACCACGACCUGCCCCCAGCCACUGAGAGUUCCUUGACCUUCUCUUUCUCUGGGCGAGAAUCCUCCUUCACGGAAGUGCCACAGUCUCCAAAGCAUGCACACAGCUCCUCCCUGCAGCAGGCAGCCUCCCGGAGCCCCUCCUUUGGUGACCCACAGCUACCCACUGAGGCCCGACCCAGUACAGGGAAACCCAAACAUGAGUGGUUUCUCCAGAAAGAUUCCGAAGGGGACACACCUUCACUUAUCAACUGGCCUUCCAGAGUUAAAGUUAGAGAAAAAAUGGUGAAAGAGGAAAGUGCUCGAAACAGCCUUGAAUUCGCCUCAGAGUCCAUAACUCAGAGGAGACACCGGCCCGCACCAGUCCAUUACCUGCCGUUUCAAUCCGAGCACUCGGCCUUUGAUAGGGUCCCCAGCAAGGCAGCAGGCUCUGCACGACAGCCAAUCCGUGGCUACGUGCAACCCGCAGAUCCCGGCCACACCGCCAAGCUGGUGACGGCAGAACCCCCAGAACAUGUAUCUGAGUGCAGCUGGGUACCAUCGGCCACCCAGAAUAUCCCCAAACCUCCCACCUUGAAGGUUCUAGAAGGUGAGAGAAGGGAGAGCCCAGUUCUCCAUAUCUGUGAGUCAAAAGCAGAAGAAGAACAAGAAGAGGAAGGAGAAGAAAAAGAAGAAGAUGUGCUCUUCACUGAAGCUCUCAAGCAAAGCAAGAAAACCCUACUGGCUUUGGAGGGUGAUGAGCUUGCGAGAAGCCUGGAAGAUUCCACUGGAAAUGAGGACUUUGGUAAGUCUGCUAUGAGCACAGUCACCUUAGAGCAUCAGAAGGAACUGGAAGGCAUGGCGCACCCACCUCAAGCUCAGCACCAGCCCACUGAGGGGACAGGCAGGAGCGAGAUGGUUCUCUACGUUCAAAGUGAGCCCGUGUCCCAAGACGCCAAACCAUCCGGCCACAAGGAAGCCUUGAUGAAAAAUCGCAAGGUCCGCACCCGCUCUCUGUCAGAUUUCACGGGCCCCCCUCACCUCCAGGCCUGGAAGUGUAAGGACCCAGCUUCCAGGAAAGAGCCGGAGCUGCCCAGCCCCAAGGCCGAAGGGCCCUAUGGGGAGUUCGGCGUGCUGGACACAAAGGUCUCUGUUGCCCAGCUCCGAAGUAUGUUCCUGGCAUCUGCCAACGCUACCAGGACACCUGAACUCAAAUCACGGGUGGAGAGGUCGGCCGAAGGACCUGGCUUGCCCACCAGUGUGGAACGGGAGAGAGGGUCCCGGAAACCAAGACGCUAUUUUUCUCCUGGUGAAAGUAGAAAAACUUCCGAGAGAUUUAGAACCCAACCUAUAACUUCAGCAGAACGAAAGGAAUCGGAUAGGUGCACUUCACAGUCAGAAACGCCAACUAUUGACGAUGAAGAAAAAGUAGAUGAACGAGCCAAGCUGAGCGUCGCUGCCAAGAGGCUGCUUUUCAGGGAGAUGGAAAAAUCUUUUGAUGAACAAAAUGUUCCAAAGCGACGCUCAAGAAACGCUGCUGUGGAGCAGAGGCUCCGCCGUCUGCAGGACAGGUCCCUCACACAGCCCAUCACCACUGAGGAGGUGGUCAUCGCGGCCACUGAACCUAUCCCUGCUUCGUGUUCUGAGGGCACCCACCCUGUAAUGGCAAGACUUCCUAGCCCCACUGUAGCUAGGACCGCUGUGCAGCCUGCCAGAUUACAGGCCUCUGCUCACCAAAAGGCGUUAGCCAAAGACCAGACAAAUGAGGGCAAAGAGCUGGCUGAGCAAGGAGAACCUGAUUCCUCCACUCUAAGCUUAGCUGAGAAGUUGGCCUUGUUUAAUAAAUUGUCCCAGCCUGUCUCAAAAGCGAUUUCUACGCGGAACAGAAUUGAUACGAGACAGAGGAGAAUGAACUCUCGCUAUCAAACUCAGCCCGUCACGCUGGGAGAGGUGGCGCAGGUGCAGAGUGGAAAGCUCAUUCCUUUCUCGCCUACUGUGAACACAUCGGUGUCUACUGUAGCAUCCACGGUUGCCCCAAUGUAUGCCGGGGAUCUUCGCACAAAGCCACCUCUUGAUGACAAUGCAAGUGCCACUGACUAUAAGUUUUCUUCUUCGACGGAAAAUCCAGACUCUCCAGUUAGAAGCAUUCUAAAGUCGCCAGCUUGGCAGCCCUUGGUAGAGAGUAGCGGGAACAAGGGAAUGUUGAGAGAAUAUGGAGAGACGGAAAGCAAGAGAGCUUCGACAGGUCAAGACAGCGGGAUGGAGAAGUAUGGGUCCUUUGAGGAAGAAGCAUCCUACCCCAUCCUGAACAGAGCCAGGGAAGGAGACAGCCAUAAGGAAACUAAAUAUGCCGUCCCCAGGAAAGGAAGCCUGGAACGGGUGAAUCCUCUUAUCACUCACCUUGAGGAUGAACCAAAGGAAUUUUCUGUGGCUAAAACAAGUGCACAAGGAAACUUGGACUUGAGAGACAGGCUGCCCUUUGAAGAGAAGGUGGAGGUGGAGAAUGUUAUGAAAAGGAAGUUUUCACUAAGAGCGGCAGAGUUCGGGGAGCCGGCUUCCGAGCAGACGGGGGCAGCUGCUGGGAAAACUGUGGCCCAACCCGCAGGCCCCGCGUCCUGGAAGCCCCAGGAUUCUUCGGAACAGCCACAGGAGAGGCUCUGCAGGAAUCCGUGUGCGAUGUUUGCUGCUGGAGAGAUCAGAACGCCGACGGGGGAGGGCCUUUCCGACUCACCCAGCAAAACCAUGUCUAUUAAAGAAAGAUUGGCACUGUUGAAGAAAAGCGGGGAGGAAGAUUGGAGAAACAGACUCAGCAGGAAGCAGGAGGGUGGGAAGGCGCCGGCCAGCAGCCUGCACACCCAGGAGGCGGGGCGGUCCCUCAUCAAGAAGGAAGAAGGAGGAGUUGCGGAUGAUAAUGCCAUUUCUAACCUGCUUUGGGAACCUGUACAUGCUUCUACUUACUCUCCUGCUAUUCCUGCUGCCCAUAAAUACCUGUGUUUUGUGUCGAUUAAUCAGCGGGUCACAGAAAGUCGAGAAAGCCAAAUGACGAUUGAGGAGAGGAAGCAGCUCAUCACUGUGAGAGAGGAGGCCUGGAAGACGAGAGGCAGAGGAGCGGCCAAUGACUCCACCCAGUUCACUGUGGCUGGCAGGAUGGUGAAGAAAGGUUUGGCGUCACCCACUGCCAUAACCCCAGUGGCCUCACCCAUUUGCAGUAAAACCAGAGGCACCACACCCGUUUCCAAACCCCUGGAAGAUAUCGAAGCCAGACCAGAUAUGCAGUUAGAAUCGGACCUGAAGUUGGACAGGCUGGAAACCUUUCUAAGGAGGCUGAAUAACAAAGUUGGCGGGAUGCAAGAAACGGUGCUCACCGUCACCGGCAAAUCUGUGAAGGAGGUGAUGAAGCCGGAUGAUGAUGAAACCUUUGCCAAAUUUUACCGCAGCGUGGAUUAUAAUGUGCCGAGAAGCCCUGUGGAGCUGGACGAGGACUUCGAUGUCAUUUUUGAUCCCUAUGCACCCAAACUGACGUCUUCUGUGGCCGAGCACAAGCGGGCAGUCAGGCCCAAGCGCCGGGUUCAGGCCUCCAAAAACCCCCUGAAAAUGCUGGCGGCCAGAGAAGAUCUCCUUCAGGAAUACACCGAGCAGAGACUAAACGUUGCCUUCAUGGAGUCAAAGCGGAUGAAAGUAGAAAAGACCCGCCCAGUGUCUUCCAACUCCAGCUUCUCAGAAGUCACCCUGGCAGGUUUAGCCAGUAAAGAAAACUUCAGCAGCGUCAGCCUGCGGAGCGUGAACCUGACGGAACAGAACUCCAACAACAGCGCCGUGCCUUACAAGAGGCUGAUGCUGCUGCAGGUUAAAGGAAGAAGACACGUGCAGACCAGGCUGGUGGAGCCUCGGGCCUCGGCGCUCAACAGCGGGGACUGCUUCCUCUUGCUCUCUCCCCACUGCUGCUUCCUGUGGGUAGGAGAGUUUGCAAACGUCAUAGAAAAGGCAAAGGCCUCAGAACUUGCAGCUUUAAUUCAGACAAAGAGGGAACUUGGUUGUAGAGCUACUUACAUCCAAACCAUUGAAGAAGGAAUUAAUACACACACUCAUGCAGCCAAAGACUUCUGGAAGCUUCUGGGUGGCCAAACCAGUUACCAGUCUGCUGGAGACCCAAAAGAAGAUGAACUCUAUGAAGCAGCCAUAAUAGAAACUAACUGCAUUUACCGCCUCAUGGAUGACAAACUUGUGCCUGAUGAUGACUACUGGGGGAAAAUUCCAAAGUGCUCCCUUCUGCAGCCCAAAGAGGUACUGGUGUUUGAUUUUGGUAGUGAAGUUUACGUGUGGCAUGGGAAGGAGGUCACGUUAGCACAACGAAAAAUAGCAUUUCAGCUGGCAAAGCACUUAUGGAAUGGAACAUUUGACUAUGAGAACUGUGACAUCAACCCACUGGAUCCUGGAGAAUGCAAUCCACUUAUCCCCAGAAAAGGACAGGGGCGGCCCGAGUGGGCGAUAUUUGGGAGACUUACUGAACACAAUGAGACGAUUUUGUUCAAAGAGAAGUUUCUGGAUUGGACGGAACUGAAGCGACCGCAUGAGAAGAACCCCGGGGAGCUUGCCCAGCACAAGGAAGACCCCAGGGCUGAUGUCAAGCCGUAUGACGUGACGCGGAUGGUGUCCAUGCCCCAGACGACAGCAGGCACCAUCCUGGACGGGGUGAACGUCGGCCGCGGCUAUGGCCUGGUGGAAGGGCACGACAGGAGGCAGUUUGAGAUCACCAGUGUCUCCGUGGAUGUGUGGCACAUCCUGGAAUUCGACUAUAGCAGGCUCCCCAAACAGAGCAUCGGGCAGUUCCACGAGGGGGACGCCUAUGUGGUCAAGUGGAAGUUCAUGGUGAGCACGGCAGUGGGAAGUCGCCAGAAGGGAGAGCACUCAGUGAGGGCCGCCGGCAAAGAGAAGUGUGUCUACUUCUUCUGGCAAGGCCGGCACUCGACAGUGAGUGAGAAGGGCACGUCGGCACUGAUGACGGUGGAGCUGGAUGAGGAAAGGGGGGCCCAGGUCCAGGUUCUCCAGGGAAAGGAGCCCCCCUGUUUCCUGCAGUGUUUCCAAGGGGGGAUGGUGGUGCACUCUGGGAGGCGGGAAGAGGAAGAAGAAAAUGUGCAAAGUGAGUGGAGGCUGUACUGUGUGCGUGGAGAGGUGCCCAUGGAAGGGAAUUUGCUGGAAGUGGCCUGUCACUGUAGUAGCCUGAGGUCCAGGACUUCCAUGGUGGUGCUCAACAUCAACAAGGCCCUCAUCUACCUGUGGCACGGAUGCAAAGCCCAGGCCCACACGAAGGAGGUUGGAAGGACCGCUGCAAACAAGAUCAAGGAACAAUGCCCCCUGGAAGCAGGACUGCAUAGUAGCAGCAAAGUGACCAUACAUGAGUGUGACGAAGGCUCCGAGCCCCUGGGAUUCUGGGAUGCCUUAGGAAGGAGGGACAGGAAAGCCUACGAUUGCAUGCUUCAAGAUCCUGGAAGUUUUAACUUCGCACCUCGCCUGUUCAUCCUCAGCAGCUCCUCUGGGGAUUUCGUAGCCACUGAGUUCGUGUACCCCGCCCGAGCCCCCUCUGUGGUCAGUUCCAUGCCCUUCCUGCAGGAAGAUCUGUAUAGCGCGCCCCAACCAGCGCUUUUCCUUGUUGACAAUCACCACGAGGUGUACCUCUGGCAAGGCUGGUGGCCCAUCGAGAACAAGAUCCCUGGUUCUGCCCGCAUCCGCUGGGCCUCCGAUCGGAAGAGCGCGAUGGAGACUGUGCUCCAGUACUGCAAAGGAAAAAAUCUCAAGAAGCCGCCCCCCAAGUCUUACCUUAUCCAUGCUGGCCUGGAGCCUCUGACAUUCACCAAUAUGUUUCCCUGCUGGGAGCACAGAGAGGACAUUGCUGAAAUCACAGAGAUGGACACGGAAGUUUCCAAUCAGAUCACCCUUGUGGAAGACGUCUUAGCCAAGCUCUGUAAAACCAUUUACCCGCUGGCCGACCUCCUGGCCAGGCCACUCCCAGAGGGGGUCGAUCCUCUGAAGCUUGAGAUCUAUCUCACCGAUGAAGACUUUGAGGUAAGCGGUUCUUCCGCUGGGAUGGGGAUGGGACUAAAACAACACACGCAGCUGAGAGUCCUUUCACUGAGCCGCCGGUGUUUCUCCCAAUGUUCCAGUUUGCACUAGAUAUGACACGAGAUGAAUACCACGCCCUGCCUGCCUGGAAGCAGGUGAACCUGAAAAAAGCAAAAGGCCUGUUUUGAGUGGGGAGAUGCAGAGGAGACUCGAGGUCACGUCCAAUACCUCCGCCCCAGGGAAAUGGAUAUAGAGUUUUGGACUGGUGUUUUUCACAAAGUAGUUUUCCAUCAGUUUUUAAAACCUGACAUUGUUAAAGAUACUGCUUGUCCCGGAGUUGUGUAUUUUGUAAAUGUUCAAGGAAACUGUUUGGAAACUUCUUUCCGCUGUUCAGCAGGUUAUCAGAAUUAAUAAAAGUAUUGUUAUGUGCACUUAAGCCGCAGCUGCUAUAGAUAGCACUGCCUUCUGUUCCAGCUAGACAAUGCCUUUUUUUUGAAGCAGUUCUCUUUAUAAAGUGUUAUUUUGAUAGUUUGUGGAUUCUAAAAUAUAUAUAUAUAUUUAUAUAAACACCAUAUAAGUCAAAUAUGUAUUUAGCAAAGCAAUAUGUAUUCAUUCACUUUCGAGAUUUGUUUUGGUGUCAAAAUAAUAUGAAAAGGUAGUUGGAGUUGCUUCUGUGGAAUGAGCUCUGCCACCAAUACGUAUCUUCACACACGUUUGGAAACGUUUCCUGCAGCGUUAGGUAUGACUUGUUCUGAGUACUGCUUCCGGUGCUAAAAUGAACAAAGAAUUUCUACUUAAUGGCCUGGACUCUGGAGAAUCUAUGCGAAUCAACCUUUCUACCUUAAUAUCUCCCCAAAAAUGUAUAGUGCCUUGUUUUUAUGUACAGUUUAUAUACAGAACAGUUUGCUCUGCAUUUUUGAUGAUGGUUCAGAACAUUAUCUACAAUUUUACUCUCAAACAGUAAAAAUAAAAACAUCUCAAUUUCUAA